GGUAAGUGCGUUGCCGCGAUCUUCUGCCAUUCCGUGAGCCAGUCACGUGUUGCUGUGUUGCCUUGAGUCAUGGUGAAGAGACGGUUAAUGGCGAGUGCUGGUGCGUCGCGACGAUGAACCGCUUCUUCCACGGCCGUGUUAACUCUUCCCAUGAGAUCUUGUCUUUCAGAUCUGCGACGUCGAUGCCGUGGGUGGCUGCCAGUGCAGAAGUCUUGUUCCCUACGCCCCUUUUAGGAUUGCCGCAGGGACAAGAUUUGCUGUUUAUUGUUGCAAGUGGGGAUCACACAGUAGCAGUGUACCAGGAAAGAAGGGAUGAAUCCGCAAAGGACUUCGACAAAGAGGAGGUGAUGGAAGAGCAGGUUGAGGACAAUGGACAUACAUACAUGCAAGAGGGGGAACUGUCAGGCCGGACUGUGCAAGAAGAGCAAACACUACAAUCUCGAUUGAUUUCAAUUCCAGAGUCGAUAAGUGAUGGUAAUCAGAUGGAGGUUGAUGUUGAUGAAGGGGAUGGCGGUCAUGGGUCCCUUCUAGAAAGUGGAAGAAGAGACGAGGGUACAUCUACAUCAUCCUCACCAUCAUCAUCCUCUUCUGCUUCAACCUCCAAGUGGCCAGCAUCAAGGCCCCCUGGUGUGAUGCCGAGUGGACUUUUCACUGAUUCUUCGAUUCGGCCGUCAAGAGCACCAAUGCAACCUUCGCCAAGACCAUCACAAGGAUCACAUCCAGAAGAAGGCAGUGUUCAUGGCGAUAAAUGGUCCUUCGGGUCCGAUGGUGAGCCGUCACAAAGAGGCGUGGCAAAGGGAAAGAGGCCAGGCAAUUGUGUGAACUCUUGCUCUCAAGACGAUCUGCAUGGCCCUUAUGAUGGUGAACAUGGUGUUGGCCUUAGACCUAUCAAGGUGCCAUUUGGCCUAUUACAGCUUAUCCAGAACGCGAAGGCGUCGCAUCGUCAUAUGGUUGUGAUGACGCAUGCUAUGGAGGACUUGUUUUCGUCUGUUGCCUUUCUUCCAGCAGAAUUCAAGCUUCACCCGUCUGGACAUGGAGUUGAUGCAGAGGUUACUGGUCCUGGUUUGGAUAUUGCGCUCAUCAAGCGAGUCUAUUCAGCCUUAUGGCAGCUGUGUGAACCUGAGUUGAGGGAUGCAGCAUCCAGGGUCCAGACCCGGCGUCAAUGCUACAUAAGCGCUGACUUCCUGGCUUUGACAUUCAUUCUGUCUUGCGUCAAUGCUGACUUCACGCGUUGACGACGCGACGCUGGCUUGACGCUG